AUGGCAGACACGGAACUAGGAAAUGAAACGGCUGUCAAGCAAUUCAUCCUCCUGGGAUUUGGAAAACUCCCUGAACCGAAGAGCUUUCUCUUCCUGCUCUUUCUACUGAUCUACAUUGUGACCCUGGCUGGGAACAUCCUCAUUGCAGCAUUAGUUGUGGCUGAUCAGCACCUUCAUACCCCCAUGUACUUCUUCCUGGGGAUUUUGUCCUGCUUGGAGACCUGCUACAUCUCCACCAUCCUGCCCAGGGUGCUGGCCAGUCUCCUGACUGCACUGGUCCAACUGUCCUGCAGUGAUACCUACUUGAUAGAACUUGUUGCUUUCUGUUUUGCUUCCAUAGAUAUCUUUCCCCCUUUUCUAUUAACCCUGACAUCCUAUAUCUGUAUCAUAGCCACUGUCGUAAGAAUCCCAUCCACUACUGGGAAGCAAAGGGCAUUUUCCACUUGCUCCUCUCACCUGAUUGUAGUUACAACCUUCUACGGGACUCUAAUCAUGGUGUAUGUCGUACCAAAAACACAUACACUGAGAAACCUGAACAAAGUGUUCUCUGUUUUCUACACAGUCCUGACUCCAAUGGUCAACCCCCUCAUCUACAGCCUGAGAAACAAAGAGGUCAAGGAGGCUUUCAGGAAAUCUCUCAAUAGAUUUGUGGCUUUUGUGAGAAUUUGGUGA